ACCGCCGGCGCACUUCGUUAGAUCGGUCCCCGUGACUAUUGGCCGCGCGGACCCGGAAACGUCACGCGACAGCUAGUUUAGCUGCGUCUCGGAAGGAAGAUGGGCGAGCGCCUCGAGACGGAUUAGUGCUAACUAAUGGUAGCUGUACAUACUUUUAAUCGCUUGUAAGUCUCAGUAUCGAUGAUUAACUUGCUCGGCUUACUUCGGUGUCGUAAUAUCUGUGGCGUCGACAGUCGGAUGAUCUUGGUAUUUAGAAAAAAAACUUUUUCCGUCGUUCAGUGGUAGCCUCUUCCCGUUAAGAUCUUAACCUCGGAUGCAAACUGCCAAGCUUAAUUUUCGAAUAACAUAAAUAGGUGUUUAAUUGCGGGUGUUUCUAACAGAGAUGUCUGAGUUGAUCUUGCUAGGCGAUUUGUUAGUUCACGUGCUAAGCGGAUAAACGGGAAAUGUACUUUUACUAGUUUUAGGAAAUUUUAAAACUGUCGGUAAACUUGAGAACGGUUGUGUUUGCCUGAUAAAGAAAUUACGUUAGCUAGGUACGUGUCUCAAAUAUGUAAUUAUUUCUUGGUAUUUGUGUGAUACGUUGAUCUUAAGAGUUUUUUUUCCGUGUCAGUUUUAUGCUUUUUUUUUAACUUGCAGUUUUAAUAAUGCGCGAAACCGCUGUAAAUUUCGGUGUUUUACAUAGAAUAUGCACACUGGUUGUGCUUUUGUGCUUUGUCCAUAUAUCUGUUACUAUAGUUUAUUAUGUUAGGUCUCUCGAUGUGCGAGGUUCAUUCCUACAAAAUCAGCAAACAAAGCCUGGUCAGAACUAUAAUAAAUCGCACCCAGUCACGAUAGCAGCGCCAGUGAAACGGGAAAACAUGGAUGCUGAUUUGGUUCCCGUGGAGGCAGAAGAGCUUACACGAUGUCCUGACGAUCCACCUCUUCUAGUGGGCCCUCUGAGAAUCGAAUUCUCCGACCCCAUUACCCUUGAUUUUGUAAGGGCUGAGAAUCCAAAGCUCUCCGAGGGCGGCCGCUACAAACCUAGCGAAUGCAUUGCCCUCCAAAAGGUGGCAAUAAUUAUACCCUUUCGCAAACGUGAAGAUCACCUCAGGUUCUGGCUGUACUACCUCCACCCCAUCCUACAGCGGCAGCAGCUGGACUAUGGUGUCUAUAUCAUCAAUCAGGAUGGAGACGAGGUGUUCAAUCGGGCCAAGCUCCUGAACAUCGGCUACACCGAGGCCUUGAAGGAGUAUGACUACGACUGUUUUGUCUUCAGUGAUGUGGACCUGAUUCCCUUGGAUGAUCGCAACAUCUACAAGUGCUUCAGCCAACCUAGACACCUGUCUGUGUCUAUGGACAAGUUCGGCUUCAGGCUGCCGUAUAAUCAAUACUUUGGUGGGGUCUCCUCCAUGAGCAAGGAGCAGUUCCUGAAGAUCAAUGGCUUCCCCAACAACUACUGGGGCUGGGGUGGGGAGGACGACGACAUCUACAACAGGCUGAGCUCGAGGGGGAUGAGGAUAUCCCGGCCGAGCGGAGAGAUCGGAAAGUGCCGGAUGAUCCGACAUCAGAGAGACGAGAGGAACGAGCCCAAUCCCCAGAGGUUUGACAGAAUUGCACACACGCGGGAUACAAUGAACAGUGAUGGAAUCAACUCCCUGUCAUACAGGGUUGUCAGGGUCGAGAAAGAUAUAUUAUAUACGAAGAUCGUUGUUGAUGUGGGGAAACCCCAUCAUUGAGGGACUGUCGAAGCUUUCAUUUUUCUUGGGUGUGUUUGUUCGUUUUUUUUUUUUUAUAUAUAUAUAUAUUUUAUUUUUGCUUUUAAUGGAUACAGUAACCAAAUGUGCCUUAAUGAUGUGAGCUAGGAGGCCUAGUACUUCCUGAAUCUGUCAGGAUUUCAAAAGUACCUCCACUGGUUCUAUUUAAUUUUGUAGAGCCUGAGGUGAAUUCUCUGCAGCUGGAUUUUUUUUGUACUUGUAUGAAGUAAAAUUGUGGUCAGGUUUCAUGGCACAGUGGGCUUGUGGGAAGGAGAAUAAAACUCCAUUUACAAAACCCUGGGACGAUGUGGCAGCCAUUUGAAAUGCCUUUGCGUAACAGACUUUUCUCCUUGGCAGUUUGUUGGGACUGCAGUCUGCCUCAAAGAGUUUGACCUAAAAAUGGACUUCAGGACAUUUUAUCUUCGGUCGGGGCCUUUGGACCAUUGUGUCUCUGUUUUUAUGCAAUAUUCCCCUUCAAUAUACUGUGAUGUUUUGUAUGGUUGGACCUUGAGAGAUUUUGAAAGUGCCACAGCUUUGGGGGGCUUUUUGUCAAACUAGUCACCUUUUAUUGUCCAGCUGCUGUGGCUGGUGAUGACAAAUGCUAGCAUCUUAAAUAUUUAUAGCUUGUAAUUCUAUUGCUGACGGCCAAAAAAAAAACAAAAAAAACAAUCAACUGAACAUGUUAUUAGCAGUAAAGUAAAACAGACACUAGGUGAACCCAGUCAAGAUGAAUGGGAAGUCGGCAAACAUAUGGUUCAGCUUCCUCUUUUCCUAAAACAUCUUCUGAAAUUCAGCAUUCGCAUAUGAGGAGUACAGGAUCGGUCAUCGCCACAGGCGUCUGUAGCAAUAAGCUGAACAGUGCAUGUUCCUCUCUGCUCUGUAUAUGCGCACCUCACACUUUGGUUCUCUAAAGUCAGAUCAGGGUUUAGGUUCCUGGCACGAGGACAUAUCAACUUCAGAAUUUGCUCCCCAAGUCUCAGAUAACUUGUCCAUCACGUAUCGUUGGCAAGGCCGUGCCGUUGUCUGCCUUCAUUGGAGGUGGGAGUGUCCGAUGACUGCAGCUGACCAAUGAGAUGUAAAUGUCUUAAAUAACUUGUAUCUAUAUGACUUCAGUGUGUUGUGGGGCACAAAAAACUGUUUAUGACCAAAUGUGAUCCCCAAGCACGUCAGAGUUCUCCAAGACCACAGGUUUUAGGUGGACACAAGCUUUGUUAAUUACACCUGACGACAAACUGGUAACAAAGGGAAAACUAGUUAUUUUUGGUUGUUUUCCCACAUGUCUUCGUUUAGUUCGAUGCUGGGUUUGAAAUUCUCUGAGAUAUUGUACUUUAACUCAUUGUGUAUUUGUGAGAAAUCGCACUUGAAUUUGAUCGUAUGCAACUUUUAUCUUAUUUAGAUGUUGUUGUUUUUUUUUUGUGCCUUUUCUGUGCUUCUUGUCAUCUCAUUUAUAAGGUCCUAUUUGUCCAGUCAUGCCAGUCGCUGAAUGUUUGUCCUCUGCAGCUCACUCCUGGGGCACCAAUUCACAAUAUAAUCGUUUGCUCAGGGUAAUUUUUUUUUUUUAUUUUAAAAAAAGAGCCAUUAACUGUUGUGCAGCUGAAGGUCCGUCUUAGACUGACAGCCUAAUCAACCCAUAACCAAAAUCAGUCUGCUUUCCCUGCCUACAUUUCCAUUGAUAUCAGGACACUCUGCCCAGUUCUGACCUUAGGGCUGGUUGGAAAAAUAAAGGAUAGCCCGAGAUGUUCAAGAUAAGAGCUUGGAAGAAGUCAUCAUCACCAUUGCAUGUACUUGCUUAACGUAUCAACUUCAGAAUUUGCUCUUGCAUGACAUGAAAGAGAACCGUCCAUAUACUGCUAUCUCAUCUGAUCCAGCUCAUCCCACCCUAAAGGACAAUACUUAGGUUGGUAUCUGUUUCUGUUCUGCUAUGCCGACAGGAUACAAAAUGGCAAAUACUCCAAUGGUUAAAGACCUGAAGUUAAUCUCUAGUAAAUACCUACCUCUUAAUACUGUUCAGUGUUGGGGAGGGGGGGGAUUAUGUAGCCUUAGCACAUGAAAGGCAUUAUAUAGGGUGUGGUGGGUUUUUAUUUUCAUUCUAAUUGGUGUAUUGUGUGUGAUUCAUGACAUGCUUGGGGGGCACUGUUCUGUUCAAGUUAACAAUGAGGUGAGGUUUUGAUUGGAUUAGGGGUAAAACUCGGUGAUGCCACUACAACCUUAUACCAACUAGGAGUCAAUGAAGUAAAGUAGGCAGAUCAGCAGAAUUUCUUGCUGCUUUCAUUCAUUUCUGUCUUUGUUCUAUUUGGUUCUGAUUUCAUGUGGUGUGCUUUAGCAGACCAUGUUCGUUCUUGAAUUCUUUUCCAUGUUUUGAUGAAGCAAUCCUAAUUAAAAAUGUCUGAUUUCACUUUUUCAUUGCA